GACAUCAAAGAUUAUCCUGGUUCGGCUCCAAUGAGUUCCAUGUUUCCCAUGCAAGGCUAUUUACAACAUCCUGAAUUUAUGGAAAAGAUGAAGGAUUUCGCUAGACGGGCAAUUGAGCACUACAAUGAAAAAAUGGGCACUUCAUAUGUGGUUAAUGAGAUUCUCAAGGUUAAUGGACAUAGCAUCAAACACUUCAUGUACUAUAUUACCCUUUCAGUCAAGAAUGGCGAGAACGAAUAUUUUCAAGUUAAGGUGGUGGAUCGCCUUCAUCUAUAUAACUCUUUGGAUUUCCCAAUCGUUAGGCCAAGGGCGAAGGGAGGUUUGGACAUAUAGUAGAUGUGAAGUCUCUACAUUCGUGUUGGCUCGGGUUCAAGCUUUAGCUUUACAUUGAUAGCUCUUGUCAUGUUGGACAUUAUUACUAGUAAAUUA